UCUCCUUCCAACUCCCACCGUUUCCGAGGUAGUAGAUCGUAGGCCAACCAUGGACCACACAGACCCGGAGAAGAAGAGGGAGCGGUCCAGCUCAUCCGGAUCGCGUCCAGACUAUGCCCACCAUGACCGCGCCGGCAGUCCAGAACAUCAAGAUGUCGCCAGGCAACGUCUGGGAGUCUCGCAGAAACUCGCCAAUCCCUUAGAGGGCCUGAGCCCUGAGCGUCUGGCCGCCAUGGGGGAGGAGUAUGCUCGCCUGGCCGGCCUGACCAGCGACGAAGACCUGCGCGCUUUCCGCCUCGGAGCCAUGAUCGCCGGAGACCAAAAGAACCGAUACGACACCAUACCCGAUCUUACAGACCGCGAGAGGGAAGUGCUGGAACGCGAGACAACCCACAAGUGGUCGAACCCGCGUAUGCUAUACUGGGUUAUUGCGAUCUGCUCCCUAUGCGCCGCCGUUCAGGGCAUGGACGAGACCGUAGUCAACGGCGCCCAGAUCUUCUACAAAGUCCACUUUGGCAUCGGCUCGACCAGCCAAAGGGACACCUGGCUCGUCGGUCUUGUCAACGGCGCCCCCUACCUGUGCUGCGCCGUGGUCGGCUGCUGGAUCACCGACCCCAUGAACAGGUACUUUGGCCGUAGAGGGACCGUGUUCAUCUCGUGCCUCAUCAGUGCCUUGGCCUGCUUCUGGCAAGCCUUCACCAACAACUGGUACCACAUGUUCAUCGCUCGCUUCUUCCUUGGCUUCGGCAUCGGCCCCAAGUCUGCGACUACGCCCAUCUUUGCCGCCGAGUGUUCCCCUCCCAGGCUCCGCGGCGCACUUGUCAUGCAAUGGCAAGUGUGGACCGCCUUCGGCAUCAUGCUCGGAUACGUGGCCGACCUAGCCUUCUACCCCGUUCCCGACAGGGGCAUCGCGCUGGGGCUCAACUGGCGGCUGAUGAUGGGCUCCGCCAUGAUCCCCGCCGUGGUGGUGUGCGCGCUGGCCUACGUCUGCCCGGAGUCUCCCCGGUGGUACCUAACCAAGAACCGGCACCGCGACGCCUUCGCCUCAGUCUGCCAGCUGCGCUACGAAAAAGUGCAGGCCGCCCGCGACCUCUUUUACACCCACACCCUACUACAAGCCGAGAAGGAAGCCAUGUCCAUGGGCAGCAGCACAAACCGGCUCAAGGAGCUCUUCACCAUCCGGCGCAACCGCAACGCGCUCGUCGCCUCGGAAAUCGUCAUGUUCCUCCAGCAGUUCUGCGGCGUCAACAUCAUCGCCUACUUCUCCUCCGAAAUCUUCCGCACCGCGGGCUACUCCGAGGUGUCGGCGCUGGCCGCCUCCCUCGGCUUCGGCGUCAUCAACUUCCUCUUCGCCCUUCCCGCCUUCUACACCAUCGACACCUUUGGCCGGCGGAACUUGCUGCUGACCACCUUCCCGCUCAUGGCCAUCUUCAUGCUCUUCACCGGUUUCAGCUUCUGGAUCCCUGAAAGCUCCCCCGCCCAUAUCGGCUGUAUUGCCUUGGGCAUCUACCUCUUUGGCAUGGUCUACUCCCCCGGCGAAGGGCCCGUGCCGUUCACCUACUCGGCCGAGGCCUACCCGCUGUACAUCCGCCCCAUUGGCAUGUCCCUCGCCACGGCGACGACAUGGUUCUUCAAUUUCAUCCUGGCCGUUACCUGGCCCAGCAUGUUGACUGCGUUCCGUCCGCAGGGCGGGUUUGGGUGGUACGCGGCGUGGAAUGUGAUCGGGUUUUUCCUGGUGCUGCUUUUUGUGCCUGAGACCAAGGAGAAAACGCUUGAGGAGCUUGACGGCGUCUUUGACGUCCCCCUGCGCAACCAUGCGGCGUAUGGGAUGAAGCAGGUUGGGUAUUUCUGGCAGAGGUACGUGUUUAGGAGAAGGGAUGCGGUCAAGCCCGUCGUGCCUGUCUCGGGCGGGAUGGAGUGGAGGGAGAAGGAGGUUGUGAGGGACAAGGUUGGGGAUAGAGACGGUAGUGGGAGGGUGUGAUGAGUCGAAAAUAAAAAAGAAUGGUUCGUGAGGUCAGAGCUAGGGGGGUUCAUACAUACAGUGCUGGAAUUUUGAUAGGUUUGUCACAACAGAGUCAACAGCGGAAUGAUGGAUGAUGAUGACUUUGCC